ACCGCUAACCGGUGCCCUUUUUACAAAUGCGCCAGCAGUUCGCAUUCAUCACACCAGUUCCCUUCGAAAUACCGCGCGUCGGUCGGCGAACAGCAGGGGGGCUGUUAUAACACUGGACAUUGUCGUUGGUCAGUCGCGUUGACCUGAACAUCAGUGGAGUGCGACAUUACAGGAGAGUCGUACGCAAGAUAUAAACAAAAAAUGGCCGAGAUGGAUGUUCUAGCACAGAAGAAACGCGGAGGCUACGAUUCACCAGAUGAUAGCGGAAGACAGAGCCAACAGGGAAACAACAGAAGAUGCCUGAUCGGAGUGAUCAUAUUUCUCGCCGUCCUGUGUUGCAUCAUGUUUCUGGUCAUCAUUUUAGCUGUGGCCGGGGGAUUCGUGAUUGGCAACGUGACUCCCCCGCCAUGUCCGCCGGUGACAGAGAGGUUUGUUAUGCAGCAGCCAGCCCUUGGCGGCGGCAAUAUUACGAUACAAAGGGACAGUUUUGGCCAGACAGGCGGACUCGACAUUGAGAGGUUAUGUGAACGGCGUGUCGUCUAUUGGAGCUACAAUCGGCCGCGUCGCCAACAGAAUUAGUAAUGCUCGAUUUACUAUAGAUGGCACCACGUAUAACACGCCCAAAAAUGAAAGAGGAAAACAGACGCUUCACGGCGGUGAUCCAUCCUUUAGUAAGUUUAUUUGGACACCAAAAGUCGGUCCGGGCUUUGUGGAAUUUGCAUACCGCAGUCCUGAUGGUGAAAAUGGUUUUCCUGGAACGAUGGACAUAACAACAAGGUACACAUUGACAAAUAAGAAUGAAAUCAUAAUCGACUUCGAGGCAACCACAGACAAGGCCACGCCCAUCAAUAUGUGUAACCACGCCUACUUCAACUUAGCCGGACAGGGAAACAGAACAAUGACGGACCAUAAGAUAGCGAUCUACGCAGACAGUUAUUUGCCAGUGGACGCCGAACUUAUCCCCACAGGUGUCGUAGCCCCAGUGCAGGGGACGCAGUUUGACCUACGACAACCCACACUGCUAAGUAACGCACGCCUUGCUAGUAUACCAGGCGGUGGCUACGACCAUAACUUCUGUGUAAACGGCACGACGGGUCUGAAGUAUAUGGCCAGGGUUGUUCACGAGGCAUCAGGCCGCGUGCUGGAGGUCUUUUCCGACCAGCCAGGCGUUCAGCUGUACUCCAGUAUCCACUUCGGUAGCACGGAAGAGAUAGGGAAGGGCGGCGUACGCUACCCGCAGUUUGCUGCGUUAUGUCUAGAAACACAGAAUUAUCCAGACGCUAUUAAUAAUGAAAAUUUUCCGGAUUCCGUGCUAAGGCCCGGAUCUGUGUACAAACAUAGAGUUAUAUACAAGUUCUCCACGCUGACGGGAUCUUCGUAAUUUUGUUAAAAUUUUUAAAUGUCUAUGAUGAAAAAUGUCAGGGUUGACAUUUCAUACGGGAUAUAAAGUGUAAUUAUAAUGUUGUCAAUCACAGAUGGUAAAUAUGAAAGCAUAAUGUACUCUUUAUGAAGUCCGAGUUCGAAUGCGCCAAAGAAAAUAUUCUGAAGAAGAAAGGAAGAAAUAUUUGACACUGCAAAAAUUCAUAUUAUUUCUAUAGUUUGAGCACCAUCUCCUUCUCUCUCUCUCUCUCUCUCUCUCUCUCUCGUUAUAAACUGUAAAUGUUACAUAAAUUUCAAUUGUAGUCAUGAUUUUUUUACUUUGAUGUAAAUUGUUUUGUUACAAUAAAUUCGUUAUACCAUUGUCAUACACGUAGUU